UUAUUGAAUUGAGAACGAUGAAAGCCGUGGAGUUGUACGGGCUCCGAACUAUACGUUGAAGAAAAUACGUCUCUCCCAUGCAGCUGAAAAUCGAAUGAAACCAAAUUUCGAGAAGUUUUCCAUUACACUUCAUUACUCGAUGUAGUUGCAGGUAUGGCGAUUAAAUUUUUAGCGAGCUUUUGCGUCAUAAUCGCGGCGGCGCAGAUUUGCACAUGUCUGCCAGCUGGCGGCGUGGAGACACGUGAGGCUGCUGAAGAUCGCAAACUUCUUGAACUCGAUGCAUCCGCAAAGGCCUUCAACACCGGGAAAGCUUUACCACCCAAUGCCGACCACGUGGAAGAUCACGAAUUUUUGACACCGAAGGAAAUUUCAUUAAUUUCGGAGAUCAUUGAAAGGAUCACGAAAAAUGUCCUAGGUAGAUUUUCCGUGAUCAAAUGGAAGGAACGCAAAUUUAACUUGGAAACAGAACUCGAAGACGCCAUUCCGAAGAUGACUGAAGACAUGAUGGCAAUUCCGUCUGCUCAACCUCAUGACGAAUUUUUAGAUCCUGAUUCAAUUUACGACCCGGACUUUGCAUUGGACGAUAAAAUCGAUGAACACGUCAGGAGGAAGCGAAAUGCUGACGCAGGCAUGAAAAUUUCAAAUUUCCUUAUCAAAUUCCGAAAAAAUGACCUCGAAGUGCAUUUCCCGGAUGCGUCCCCGGGUACGAAACCAAAAGCCAUCAAACUGCCCUCAGGGGUUAGUGUAGCAAUCGAACCCGGCCAAACAUUGACACUCGGCGCCAACGGUGAGGUCAUCACAGCUGCUUCAGGUACAACCGGUACAAUCAAGGGUCAUCCCGCCUUUUCGGCUAACUCUGACAAUGCAACCCCGGACAAGAAGACUUUGCCCAGUGCAGCCCGACCCGGGUUUUUCAAGAACCCGAAUAUCCCGGUUAACCCCAAGGUUUCUGGACUGGUCGCGCUUCUGCAGAAAACUGUAGCUGACGGACAUUUUCGGCGACCAAUGGACAAGGAUUUGCCGAUUCAGCAGAUUCAAGUUAAAUUGAGGAAUGGGACGAGAUAUUUCUAUGAGAUGAAAAACGAUGUUUCCGGGGUUGAUCACACCCUUGUUGGCGACUGUGAUCCAGAGAGUGACCCAUCAUGCGUAAGUUCCCAAGUCAAUGGCAGAGACUCUGGAAGCAUUCACGUGCACUUGUCAAAUGGAACAACGGUUAAUUACAAUUUCAAGAAGUCCAAUCAAUUGGAUCCAGUUUCCAUCGAUGCGAAAGAACGAGCUCUCAAAAUCAAGUUGUACGUCACCGCAGCAACAGCUCUCGACGAUAUUCUGUUCCGAAAAGUCGGUUCGGAUGAAAUCAUGAAAGACAAGGUUCGAUUUGAAGAGGUUUUCCUCGAGGAAUUGGGGAAGAAACUCAGGGAUGAAUCCUUGCUCAUUCCAACCAAUGACGGAAGGUCUAAUCCAUCUGGCAUUCUGGGAAAUGAGAACUCCAUCCCAAAUUCCCCCACAAUGGAAAAGGGCACUGGUGAAUCACUCAGCACCGCAGUGGAUCAUUACAUGGGACUCUUGAGCUCUGAGCAGAAUAGGAACCAUGGACCAAUUGGUACUCCCAUGCCCUUGUCUGACAGGAUGGAUGUUGGGGCAGUUGGCGGAUACUUGGUUGGAGGAACUGCUGGAGCAGUUGUUUUUCUAGCCAUCAUGUUUGUCAGCGCUCAUUGGCUCGAGGCCUGUGAACAGGACGCAGGCAGACUGCCAACCUGCUAGUUAUUCACAUUUUGAUGAUCAUUUUGUCGGUUAUCUUCCAUGUUAAAGGUAUUCCCAAAAUUUUUUUCUUCUGGAAAUGAAUCAAAUGAUAUCAAUAGAUACGGUCCAGAUCAUUCGUUUCACA